GUGGCUUUCAAAGGAACACUUCUGCCGUGUCGUACAGGAAGAUAAAAUAAAUGGGAGGUCAUGGGGAUCCUAGCACAGCUGCUACGUCCUUAGAUGUUUGGGUGAUUGUUGCGAGGUUAUGUCGGUCAAUUCCAGUUUGUGUGGCUAAGUGUCGACGAACACGUUUGUCGAAAAGCUGAGGAUUUGCGGUGCAUCCAUUGCGUUCGAAUUGGACUUUAGGUGUUACGCAACUCGAAACAAGGGGCAUUUCAAAACGCAAUGGAUAACACGUCCUCAGCUUACGAUAAUCUUCUGGAAAACAUACAAACAGCUAUCGCACCUCCAACAGAAACCGGAUCAACGUACUUAUGCCGAGGACCCUUCAAAUAUUUUCACUAUAAAUGUGAAGGCUUUAAUGACGUCGGAUGGGGUUGCGCUUACAGAACGCUGCAAUCAAUAUGUUCCCUUAUUAUAGCUGAGCAAAAUCCAAAUGACGAGCUUCAAUGCGUGCCAACUAUUCCACAAAUUCAAGAAACUUUAGUUAGCAUCUCCGAUAAACCGCAGUCUUUUCUUGGAUCGCGAGAAUGGAUUGGAGCGUUAGAAGUGUUCUAUGUAAUAGACACUUUGUAUAAUAUUUCAUGCAAGAUUCAGCAUGUGCCGAAAACUGAGGAUUUGAAGAAAUAUGCAAAUGUUGUGAAAAAGUACUUUGAAGAUUGGGGAGGACUUAUUAUGAUGGGCGGAGAUGUGGAUGCAUCAUCAAAAGGUAUUGCUGGUGUACAUAUAGCAGGGAAUGAAGCAUAUUUUUUGGUGGUGGAUCCGCACUUUGUUGGGAAGCCAAAAAGCGCACAAGAGCUUAUCGAUAAAGGAUAUUUACAGUGGCGUCGUACUGGAGACUUUGUGGAUAGUUCGUUUUACAAUCUUUGUUUGCCACAGUUUAAAGUGCGGUCAUGUAUUUAACGAUUUUAAUAGAAAGUUGACAACA